AUGGAAAUGUUUGAGGACCAUCAAUGGUUAUCUUUCGAUCAAAAACAUUUUACUGUGGUGUACUUAUUGAUUUCGAAUCUGUGUCUAAGAUAUAUCACAACUAGAAAGUUUGAUGUUGAUGGCAAAACAUUGGAAAUGAUGAACAAUGUCGAACGUAUAUCAGUAGUAAUUCCGAAAUUUAAACAACAAUUGAUUUUCUUGGAAGAGCGUGAGAAGCUGUUCGAAACGAUAAAUGAUUGUUCCAUUGAAUUCUCCAAUUCGUCGUUCAGCACCUCAACAGAUUCUCAACCAACCUCUAUUGUUCCGCUAAAUUCACAAGCAUCAUCUCUUGAAUCUGAAUCAACACCCGAUGCUGUACCAAAAUCAUCUGUUAACCAAUCGUCUUCUGGUCCAUCCGUUCGUGAAGAAGAAACGUACGAAGAUUUUCCAAAAGAAUAUGUAAUUCCAACAUUACCCAAUGCAGUACUUAAUGAUAUCGCAAAAGGAGAUUUGAAAAACUUCGGACCACAUUGUGCCAAUCGACAAAUUCUCAUUGAUACCGUAGCUUUUGAUCUUAUCGACAAGUUCAAUCUAUUUUAUCCGACUCAUACACAAUUUGACAAUAUUGGUACUGCUAUUGUGAAAAUUUUGAAGUUACCGGUGACAAAGCAGAAUAUUUCAAUUUCGAAAGAUGCUUUGCAAACGAAGUUAAAGCGUAAACGAGUGGAACACCGUGAUAACAGUGUUGUGCAAGACUACGUACUCAAAUAUUCAAAGGCAGGUUCUGGCCGUCCAGUAAAACGAAAGAUCGGCGAAACAGCACAACGUGAUCGAUAUAAACAAAUGGCAGUGAUCCAUUUCGAUGAUGGGCCAUCCAAUGAAAUGCAAGUUAAAUCGAAUCAGUUGCGUGAUGUAACUGGUAUGGAUGUAGCAACUCAAGUGAAAUUAUGGAAGGAAACGGUGCAUUAUCGUCGAAAAGAAGUCAGAGAUCAAUCAACAAUCGACAUUCUCAAGAAGUUUCCUGGUUAUACAAAUUCGGUGUUCAUUUUCGAAGAAGUUAAAACGUUGACGAAUAUCGAUUUAAGUGCUGCGAUACGACGACAAGUACCUGCUUUACUCGACAAAAUAGUUGAAACUCCGACAUUCGUCACUGAUUCGCUUCCAAUUCAAUUAAUCAAAAUUUUGUGUAAACAAUUUGAUGAAACUGCUCAACAUACGUUUAGUGAAACUGAACCGUUUACGCCGUAUCCUACAAUGGUGCUUACUGACGACUUGAUCCACAUUUAUGUUGACUUUAAUCUUAUUGUAUCAACAGCUUCACCGAAUGACGCAUUAGCAUUAUUGAUUGCAAUGUAUACAAUCUUCGAAUUAAGUUUCAACAAGAAAAGUCGAACAAUUCGCUUUCUCUAUUCGUUGUUGCACAGUGAUAAGCGUUUUCUUUCAAAUUCGAUUCGUAUAUUUAUCAAAGAGAAAAAUAUUGAUUUAUACGGCGAACAAUAA